AUUCCAUUUGUUUUUCCCUUCCUCAAUCAACAUCACCUUUUCAUAAAUUUUUCCAACAAAUAUCUCUACUCUAGCAAGCUUAUUGCGAACAUUUUGUGAAUAUAUAAUAUGUAUAUUACUCUUAUUAUUACUAUUCAGUCGCAGAACCUUCCAGUUUUUCAAAUAUGCGAUAAAACCAAUCCCUACCCAUUAUAAUCAAUUCAAGCAGUGAUCGAUACCUCUCAAUUAUACUUAGUGGAGUGGAGGGUCACCCUUUUCUUUUUCUAAGUUCUACAUUUGCUACACUUCUUGGCCUAUAAAAGGGGAAGUUGCCAAGACAUCAUAUGGUGUGAGUUGAAGAAGAAUAUUUUGAUAAGUAGAAGAAGAAGAAAAGAAAAGCAUCUAUCCUUAAUAUUCAUAGCUUUCUUUUUCAAAAACUUGGCACUAGAAUCAUGGAUGGAAAGAUGAGUUGGGCUGUUGCUGAUGCUGUAGACUAUAAAGGUUUCCCUGCAGACAGAUCUAAAACUGGUGGUUGGUUGCCUGCAGCCCUUGUUCUAGGGAUUGAAGUAUGCGAGAGGCUUUCAACUAUGGGAAUAGGAGUGAAUCUGGUGACAUAUUUGAUUGGAACAAUGCAUCUGCCAAGUGCAACUUCAGCUAAUGUAGUGACAGACUUUAUGGGCACAUCUUUUCUCUUGUGCUUGCUUGGAGGCUUUCUUGCGGACUCUUUCUUAGGCAGAUACAAGACUAUUGCCAUAUUUGCUCUCGUACAAACACUAGGAACUGGGAUGCUAGCUGCUAUAACUAAGAUUCCACAGCUAAGGCCACCUCCUUGCAACACCAACAAUUCAUGUGUGCAAGCAAAUGGAUUCCAAAUGGGAAUUUUAUAUUUGGCUUUAUAUCUAAUUGCAUUAGGUACUGGAGGCCUAAAAUCAAGUGUUUCAGGAUUUGGAACCGACCAAUUUGACGAGAAAGAUGAAAAGGAGAAAUCCCAGAUGAACUAUUUCUUUCACAGGUUCUUCUUCUUCAUUAGCAUAGGAACUUUAAUGGCAGUUACGGUGCUUGUCUAUGUACAAGAUGAAGUUGGUCGAAGCUGGGGUUAUGGAAUCUGUUCUGUCUCAAUGUUUGUAGCCAUCUUGAUAUUCUUGUCUGGGACUAAAAGAUACAGAUACAAGAAGAGCUCAGGAAGCCCCAUAGUUCACAUUUUCCAAGUUAUAGCUGCUGCUGUAAAGAAGAGACAUAUGGAUUUGCCAUACAAUGUCAGCUUACUGUAUGAGAAUACUCUAGAGGCCGCAAGAAUCCAACAUACCGACCAGUUCCAUUUCUUGGAUAAGGCAGCCAUAGUUGCAGAAGGAGAUUUUGCAAACGGCGGGACUACUCCAAAUCCAUGGAAGCUAUGCCCAGUGACAAGGGUGGAAGAAGUGAAGAUGAUGGUGAGCAUGUUGCCAAUCUGGGCCACAACCAUUCUAUUCUGGACCACAUAUGCACAGAUGAUCACAUUCUCAGUCGAGCAAGCAUCCACCAUGGAAAGAUCAAUUGGAAGUUUCCAGAUUCCAGCUGGCUCUCUAACUGUAUUCUUUGUGGCUGCUAUUUUGAUUUCACUUGCCGCCUAUGAUCGUAUAAUCAUGCCUCUUUGGAAAACAUGGAAAGGCAAACCAGGUUUCACGAACCUACAAAGAAUAAGCAUUGGUCUAGUUCUUUCUACACUGGGAAUGGCGGCAGCAGCACUAGUCGAAAGAAAACGUUUAUCAGUAGCCAAAGCAGUCGGCGGCGACACAUUAACCCUACCCAUAAGUGUGUUCUUAUUGAUACCACAGUUCUUCUUAGUGGGUGCAGGUGAAGCCUUCAUAUACACAGGCCAACUUGAUUUCUUCAUAACACAGUCACCGAAAGGGAUGAAAACAAUGAGCACUGGCCUCUUUCUCACAACUCUUUCUCUCGGUUUCUUCGUUAGUAGCUUCUUGGUCAUGGUAGUGAAGAGGGUUACAGGAAGCAACGGAGGUGGCCAAGGAUGGUUAGCUGAUAACAUAAACUAUGGAAGGCUUGACUGUUUUUAUGGACUUCUCGCAGUGCUUGGUGUUGUAAAUUUUGUUGUGUAUCUUAUUUGUGCUUUAUGGUAUAAGCCUAGAAACAGUGCUAAAUCAGCUGCUUUGCAGAUGGAAAAUGUUGGUAAUGGAUCUUUAGCUGAGGAGAAGUGCUAGUUAAUGAGAGCAGCUACUUUAAUUAGGGUUUGCUUGGAUUUUCCAAAUUAGGGUUUGGUUCUCUUUUUGUACAUUUCAAUGUUUUGGGUUUGCUUGCUUUUUAUUCUCUUGUAAUUUAGGCAUGAUAUUAAGUGAGUGCCUUGAAAUUUCAAUAUAAUAAUUUGCCUAAUCCUCA